AUGGGAAACCUACGAAGGGAAGGCAUCAAAGCGCGAAUCUCUCAUUUAUAUUACGCACAGGAAUUGAUGCUAAUGCAGAUCAAUCAAGCCUCGAAAAUUUGGCCACAACAGGCAGCAAACGAAUCCGCUAUAAAUAUUAAGCGGGUACCUGACAUCAUUGCUGUAAGACGACAGAGUGCGAACCUUUUCUCCCUUGUGAAGCCGAUGUGUCUUCACAAAUGUUUAUGCAGAUAUUUUAUACUGCACUCUGCGAUUGCAAUUGACGCAACAGAGCAUCAAGAUCGAGAGAGUGGACGUCAUCGGAUUACAUACUACUCGUAA